GCGCGUUACGUCUAUUUACGGUCACCUUGUUUGUAAACUUCCUGAGGGAGCAGCCUAUGCUAGCGUUCUAGCUAGCCAUAUGCUCGUUUAGGUAAUGGAUAAAACCACCAAAAAUAAAUGACUGCACAACAGAAGUGAUAAGUCGUCAUAUGUGAGCGACCCAGCGGGGCCUUAAAUCCCGGUCUGUUACCAAGUUAGUGGCCGCGCGGAGCUAACUGUGCCUGGUGGCUAACGCUAACAACUUUGCAGUGUCGACCAGCGAUGCUAGGAGCGAUGAUGGCGUCUAGUUACAACGAGGAUGGACACAUCACCGUGUCCGGGCCUGGCGGCGGGACGCUGCGGAGCAAGAAGCCCGAGAACACUGCGUUUAAGCAGCAGAGGCUGCCCGCCUGGCAGCCCAUCCUCACCGCGGGCACCGUGCUCCCUGCCUUCUUCAUCAUCGGACUCAUAUUCAUCCCUAUCGGCAUCGGCCUCUAUGUAACGUCCAACAACAUCAAGGAGUUCGAGAUCGAUUAUACAGGAGAGGACGUGUCCAGUCCCUGCUUCAACUGCUCCCAGAACUUCAGCUGGAACAGCACGAGGCCGUGCACCUGCGUGAUACCUUUCUACCUGGAGCAGCCGUACGAAAGCAGCGUCUUCAUGUACUACGGCCUCUCCAACUUCUACCAAAAUCACCGUCGCUAUGUCAAGUCGAGAGAUGACAGCCAGCUGAAUGGAGACAUGGAGUCCCUCUUGAAACCCAGUAAGGAGUGUGAGCCAUACGCUAUGAAUGAAAACAAGCCAAUUGCACCUUGUGGGGCCAUCGCCAACAGCAUGUUCAAUGACACAUUUGAGCUGUUUUACAACGAUCCCAACGGCACAAAGGCUCAGAUUCCACUGUCGAACACAGGCAUCGCCUGGUGGACCGACAAGCACGUGAAGUUCAGGAACCCUGGACUGAACAACCCGAACCUCACAGCUGCGUUCCAAGGCACAACGAAGCCGGUGAACUGGCGGCGGCCCGUCUACGAGCUGGACUCUUCUCCGGAUAACAACGGCUUCAUCAACGAGGACUUCAUCGUGUGGAUGAGAACCGCCGCCCUACCGACCUUCCGCAAACUCUACCGCAUCAUCAAUAAGACCAGCAACAUGGUUCCCACUCUGCCCAGAGGAAACUACACGCUGGAGGUCGUCUACAAUUAUCCCGUCCGGAGCUUCGAUGGCAGGAAGAGGAUGAUCCUGAGCACCAUCUCCUGGAUGGGAGGCAAGAACCCAUUCCUGGGCAUCGCCUACAUCACCGUGGGCUCCGUCUGCUUCUUCCUUGGCGUCGUCCUGCUCAUCAUCCACCACAAGUGUGGCAACCGCAGCAACAGCGCUGACAUAUCUAACUGAGGCAGCAGCCGCCCUCCAGCUCACCUCUGCUGCACACAACAGCAAUCCUACGACGCAUCUGUCGACGCUCAUCCAGAGGCCAAAUAUGUCAUAAUUGCAUCAACUUCUUCAGCAGUCAAACAUGGGUUCAGAACUGCCUGAUGGUGGCUGAUUACUUGCCAAAAUUACUAUAAGAAUAGCCAAAAAAAAUUUCAGCCACAGUCAGCGUCUAACAGCUUUUUAACAGAUUUUCUUCCUGGUAACAUGAGGAGGGUGUCAGACCGAUGUGUCACAUGAUCAACUAAAAUCCAAAAUGUAGUCAGAGUUCCUGUUAAGGUCUGGAAAAUUACAUGAGAUUCAAUAAAACAGUCUGCCAGGAUGAGUCUGGAAAAUGUGGGUGGCCUUCCAGACCCUGAUGGGAUCUUUUAAACUUAAAGCUGGUGCACUUCAGGUGAGCUGGAGCGCUGUUGCCUCGAGUCCCGAGUUGCAUGCUGGUUAGCAGAGAUGUUAAUGUGAUUUCUCGAGCUGCCCGAGCGGCUCGUCUUUGUGCCUCGUUUCGUCUGUGACAUCAACUCACCGUCAGACUAAAAUCAGCUUUUACCGAGUCAUUGCACUUCAAGACUUGCCGAGCAAGUUCCACGUCAGAGGGAACACAAAAUGUUUGGGAGUUCGGGAGCUGUACUGUUACAUGUUUCAUUUGUACUUAUUUAAUUUUGAGUUUUAAGAGUUUGCAUUGGAGAGGCACUAUUUGCACGUUGGAUCUCAGGGGUUUUGAGUCUGAAGGGUUAGCGGUGAGUGUGUAAAUUUGAUCCAUGAUAUACGUCGACACCGUGUUGUAGCUUCGUACAUUGUCGUUUACAUGCUAAUAACUAACACAGCAUGAUAGAACAGUAACACAGUCCAAUUCAAUACAUGUGAUUAAAUGUUUGUGUUUGCCAACAUUUACCAUACUUAGAGUGAAUCUAACACAUACGAGUUUACACGCAUAUCCUGCCAUUUUCUUUAGCAGCCCAGAUGAAAAAGAGCAUACCGCUGCAUGAUGAAAUGUGAUGACUACAAACGAAUUUUAUUUUAAUACAUUUCAUCAAGAUACAUUGUUAACUGCAUUUUUGAGUAUCACUACAUUUGACUAUUUUUACACUCCAUCUGUGUUGUAUUGCUGCUUGAAAAAAAUAAUAAAUUUGUCACUGAAUUCAAA